AUGGCUUCGUCCGCCACCACAACAAUUUCUCUCGUCGGCCCUCCGGAGAUCAAUCGGAACUCUACCCCUCCCGCUGCCGCCACCGCCCCUGCCACCACGGGAAAUCCGUUCAUGGACCUCAUGGUGGGCAACUUCAACAAGACGGCGGUCACGGCCCCCGUCCCACCCAUGGGCUUCACCGAGAACUUCUCGCCGACUUUACUCUCCUCCGGAAACCCGUGUCUCGACUUCUUCUUCCACGUCGUCCCCGACACGCCGCCGGAGGCCCUCGCCGAGCGCUUGAAGCUCGCCUGGGAGGACGACCCGCUUAAGGCCCUGAAGCUCGUCUGCAACCUCCGCGGCGUUCGCGGCACUGGCAAGACCGACAGGGAGGGCGGGUACACGGCGGCCCUGUGGAUCCACAAGAACCACCCUAAGACCCUCGCCUGCAACGUCGCUUCCCUGGCCAAGUUUGGCUACUUCAAGGACCUCCUCGAGAUCCUCUUCCGCCUCGUCGAGGGCCCCGACGCCCGUACCCAGGCUAAGGCUGCUUACCGGAGUUGGAAAUCGAGUGGCUCACGCCGGGCUCGCGAGCUUGCCAAACGCCGACAAACCAAAAAACCCAAACAGAUGGCCCCACGAUAUGGUGGCAUAAGGAAGCAGACUCAAGGCCGGAUGAGGAGGAGAUCCAACCGGCCAAGCAACUCGAACGAGAGCCCAAACCAGCCGAAACUAAGCAAUGAGGAGAAGAGGCUCGAGCGGGCGAAGAAGGCCUAUGAGAGGUUCAGACGCGACCCAGAUUACAGAUUCCUCCACGAGCGCGUGUCGGAUUACUUUGCCCUGUGUCUGCAGUCGGACAUGGAGAAUCUGAAAUCCGGUCAAUCGAACAAAGUUAGCCUUGCCGCCAAGUGGUGCCCCUCCCUCGACUCUUCGUACGACCAGGUCACUCUGCUUUGUGAGCCCAUUGCCAAGAAAGUCUUCCCGAGGUCCGAAUAUCCCGAAUACGAGUUAGUGGAGGAGGCUCACUACGCUUAUCGUGUUCGGGACCAUCUACGUAAGCAAGUUCUUGUCCCUCUUCGUAAAGCCCUCGAGCUGCCGGAGGUGUUCCUCGAGCAUGAUGAGCAGAGGUUCGGAGAGUAUCUCGAAAAGGUCGAUAAGGGUGAGGCCAAGAUUGCCGCUGGAGCAUUGCUUCCGCACGAGAUAGUCGCUGGACUUGGAGACGGUGACAAAGGCCAGGUGGCAGAGCUUCAGUGGAGGAGAAUGGUGGAUGACCUGGCUAAGAAGGGGAAGAUGAGCAACUGCCUAGCCAUUUGCGAUGUUUCCGGGAGCAUGUAUGGUGUCCCGAUGGAGGUUUCGGUGGCUCUUGGGGUUUUGGUUUCGGAGCUUAGCGAGGAGCCUUGGAAGGGGAAGCUCAUCACAUUCAGCGCGGAUCCCAAGAUUCAAGAUGUGGUGGGGUCGAGUUUGGCGGAGAAGACUGCAUUUGUGAGGAGAAUGGAGGAGGUUGCCGUGGCUGGGAAUCUCAAGCCGGAGAAGAUGAUCAAGCGGCUUUUGGUGUUUAGUGACAUGGAGUUUGAUCAGGCACGGAACAAGAGCCCACAAUCAUAUUAUUCACCUCACCCACCACCAUCAUAUGGCGCACCAUCAUAUUAUUCAGGUUACCGACCACCAUCGUAUGGCGCACCAUCAUAUUAUUCACCUUACCCACCACCAUCAUAUGGCGCACCAUCAUGUUAUUCAGGUUACCGACCACCAUCGUAUGGCUUACCAUCAUAUUAUUCAGGUUACCCACCACCACCAUAUAUUUUACCGGGCGUUGCUGGGCCUCCCAGCACUUGGGAGACUGAUUACGAGGUGAUUGUUAGGAAGUUUGGGGAGAAAGGGUAUGGGGAAUGUGUGCCGGAGAUUGUGUUUUGGAAUCUAAGAAGUUCUCCGGCGACUCCGGUGGCGGCAGGACAGCCGGGAGUGGCGCUUGUGAGUGGUUAUUCCAAGAAUAUGAUGAAGGUGUUUUUGGAGGAAGGUAGGAUUAUCAGUCCCCAGGCUGUUAUGAAUCAGGCAAUUGCAGGCAAGGAGUAUGAAGAGCUGUGGUUGUGCUGGAUUGAUUGUGAUGGAUUUGGGUAA